CAGAAGAGACUCACAGGGACCAUUACAGUUUCCAUUAAAACCAUUACAAAUUCUAUGAGGAAGUCUAUUGGGUUUUUAUUUUCAGUUUACACGUUUAGGGGGACUUUUAUUGAGUUGGGUUUUUUUUUUUAAACUUCCUCGUGCAGUAAGACUCAUAUUUUGAAAAGCGGAAGUCUGUGUGUUGUUUUGUCUCGGUUCAGUUGUUCAUUGCUUCACAGCAGAAGUGUGUCAGUGUGUGUGUGAGAGAGAGAGAUCUGUUGCAAUGGAAACAAAUCGAGCUGCUAAAUUGGAGUUUGCGGUGCAGAUGAGCUGCGAAAGCUGCGUACGGGCCGUUAAAGGUGCACUCGAAAGACAGCCUGGCGUGCAGUCGGUGCAGGUGGACUUGGCUCGGGAGGAGGUUUUGGUCGAGACGUCACUUUCCACUCGAGAGGUUCAGGGACUGAUUGAGAGCACGGGCAGGAGAGCUGUACUGAAGGGGAUCGGGGGAUCAGAACCAGAUCUGGGCGUGGCCGUGGCUAUGCUGAGUGGGGCGGGGCCGGUGCAGGGCGUGGUCCGCUUCCUGCAGAUAUCCGAGGAUCGUUGUUUGAUUGACGGCACGAUCGACGGCUUAGAGCCCGGUGCUCACGGCCUUCACGUGCAUGAACUCGGAGACCUCACACAGGACUGCCUGAGUUGUGGUGAGCACUACAACCCGUUUGGGAAGCAGCAUGGAGGCCCACAGGACACAGAAAGGCAUGUUGGUGAUUUGGGAAACGUGCAGGUGGGAGCAGACGGCAGAGCCACGUUCAGACUGGAGGACUCGCAGCUGAAGGUGUGGGACGUGAUUGGUCGAUCGCUGGUGGUGGAUUCAGGAGAAGAUGAUCUGGGAAGAGGAAAUCACCCUCUGUCCAGACUAACAGGAAACUCGGGCGAGAGGCUGGCGUGUGGGAUCAUUGCUCGUUCUGCAGGACUCUUUCAGAACCCCAAACAGAUCUGCGCGUGCGAUGGAGUCACUCUGUGGGAGGAGAGAGAUCGUCCAAUAGCAGGCAAAGGACGCAAAAAAGUCGCAGACACACCAGCUGCCAAUUUAUGACCACGUGACCGCUCCUUGUACUAAUGAUACGUGAUAACAGAUUGCACUUAACCGAGAAGAGACUCUGAUAAGACCAAAGAGCUUGUUGAUGACUAAUCAGUACCUUUUAAACUUCCAUGCAAGCGUGCUACUGGUGGUUUCUGUUUACUACCACAGCCAUGCACGUUCGAAUUCAUAUAAAACUGGUGUGCAGAAAAAGAGCUACAUCUGUCUCUGCAGUUACUAUGCACUGAACUCUGCCCAUUAAAACACAAAGCCUUCUCACAGCCGUAAGGGAAUACGCCCGCUGUUUUCAAUUUCAUCUUUAUUUACGUCCGUAGCGUACGUGGGAUUACCUCAGACAUGGGUUUGGACACAUUUCCCAAAGAAAAGAACUGAAAAACUGUUCACUUCAAACACACUUAAGAGAGUCUAAACACAGUUGUUGUAUUCCAGCAAUAGACAUUUUAAUAUGUGGGGCUUUAUAGCACUAUAGGAACUAAGAGUCCAACGAGAGACAGACAUUUAUAUCAGAGUUUUAUCUCUACGGACCAAAGCAGCUUACUACUUUUCAUAACAUUUUCUGGGUUCCAUGCGCCAUCAGCCCAGAUAUGACUCGUUAUUAUAUCACAUAAACACAAAGAAGCAUGAAUUCUUCCUAUUUUUCCAGGUUUUUAUUAUUAGAGAUAGGUUUACAAAUACCUUUGACAAGAAUUCAUCAAGAAACCUUCUUGAUAAAUGUUUAUUAGUGGAAUUCAAUAACUGCCUUUCCAUGAUAACUGAGGGUGCGUCUCAAUCAGCUCUCUAGUUCAGUAGUCAGGGCGCUGAUCAGGGAGUCGGCCAUUUUAAGUCGUUCUGUCUCAAUCCCAAAAUCCAUCCAAUGCACUGGAACGUUUGCUCCCUAAAAAAAUCCCACAAUGCACCGCAAAAACCAGGGAGCAUCGAUGCUCACUAUGUUCUCUUAUUGUAAAUGACGUCA